GAAUUUCCCAAUAUGCAGUCUUGAGAGGCGAACUCCCCAUCCCCCGCAAGACUUUCGGUGGUCGGCAAGACAAGCGGAGAUCUAGUGCCCUUGGCCUCUGGAGUUGUUGAUUUCCGUCAUGUUAUUUAAGCUGAUUCCCCAUGCUACGGCCAUGAAAUCCUACGGAACCCUCAUUUACGAAUCUUUGAAGCCAGCCCACAAGAUUCCAACUCAUCAAUAAAUAUUCAAGAUGUCGUACAAUGAGUACGAUCUACGAGACAAAUACCCAACCCGCCGCCGGCACCACUCACCAGCCUACUCCGACUUGAGCGUCGGAAGUCCAGAGUACAGCCCGACAAGAGACGCCGGCGCUGUCCACGUCGCACACAAGCACUACGAGUCUCCUGAUCGCAGAGGCCGCGUGGAAGUCUACGAAGAAAAUAGAUACAGACCAAGAACUAGAGACUACCACUAUGAAGAGAGGCGUCCGCGAUCGCGACCAAGAUCCGAGGUCUACGACCACGACCGCGACCGCAGUCAUCACAGCUACGGGCAUGGACACCAUCGCCACCACCGCCACACACAGAGCAGAAGCAAACGGAGGCACUCCACCUCCGGGCCCAAUUGGGGUCAGGCCGCUGUCGCAGCUGCUAGUGCCGGUAUCAUUGAGGCGGGUCUGGCGCGGCAUGACAGGGACCGAACGGCAAGAGUCGUGACGGCGGCGGCGGGAGCCGGGGUGAUUGACGCCGUCGCUGGGAAGCAUGGAGAGAAGCCGUCUAGAACGUGGGAGAAUGUCGUUGGUAGCACAGUGGGCGGGUUGGUUGUUGAUCGUAUGGCUCAUGGAUCGGGACGCCGGCGUUGAGUGCACAACGAGGGAUGCUGGAGGCCCGGAGUAGCGCUCGCGUUGAGCAAUGAACCUGAUUUGGUCACCACCUUCGUGAUGUUGAAGGUACGCAAUGCUUGCUCAAGCUUUCCUAGAUCGUAUCAAGUUUAGCAAUUGUUCUACGAUGAGUGUUCUUUAUCCUAGUCUUCGGAAACAGUCCCGAAUUCCCAGCUCACGAUCUCCGGAGUCCGCAACUGGCCACCAUCCGAUCCAUGUCGGUAAGACCAACAAGAGGUCCUCCCAUUUGAUUCCUGCCGGUGGGUGUCGGUGUCAUUGGCCAGAACACUACUUACUUGAGACUAAGGGCGGCUUGUUACAACACUAUCGCCAAGCGAUUCGCGGAGGAUAAAUGAGCUUAAUCUAAAUGCCGGAUGAACUGGCCCCGCCAAGCUAGCAUUGGCACCUUUAUUCCAUUGUCAGUCUCACUUAGCGAUGCAAUCCGUUCUUGCCACCACCUCAUGACCUUCCGCUCGUGGGAUGCCGGAAGGGGUCGCCCCGUACUCGCCGGUCUGGAACGUCGUCGCGGUUGAGAGAGUCGUAAAGUCCGUUAUGGACCAUGUUCACGGCAGAUUCGAUAUAAAAUGAUGAAU